CUGCGCCCGCCCCUCCGCUGCCCCGCGCCCGCCGCCGCGCUGUCCCCGCCGCGGGCCCCGGACGAGUGGACGCGGACGUGGACGGGAACGCGAAGCGGAGGGCUGCCGGCCAGGGCAUCCCUUCCAGCUUUGGGGAGGAAGUCAGCUGACCCCGCUCAUCUUGGCUCCGGAGCGCGCUCUUCCACGCAUCACUUGGGGCCGCAGCCGCCACGAUGAACUUCGCGGACAAGGAGGACUCCCGGAGGUACUGCAUCCGCGGCUGGCACGCGGCCCUCAUCUGCGCCGUGGUGGUGGCCGUGGGGCUCAUCGUGGGACUGUCGGUGGGCCUGACCCGCUCGUGCCCGGACGUGUCCACCACCGUCCCGGGCCCCCCGCACUCGACGGCGGCCCCGCCGCAGGACCAGAGCGCCUGCCCGGCCAGCGAGGACGCGAGCGGGCCGUGGACGAACUUCAGGCUGCCGGACUCGGUGGUGCCGGAGCACUACGACCUGGAGCUGCAGCCCGAGCUGGAGCAGGACACCUACACCGGCAACGUGACCAUCACGCUGCGCCUGCAGGAGCCCAGGAGCUACUUGUGGCUGCACGUGCGUGACACGAAGGUCACGCGCGUGCCCCAGCUGUACACGCCCGCGGGCGCGCAGGUGCGGGUCUCGCGCUGCUUCGAGUACAAGGCGCAAGAGUUCUUGGUGCUGCAGACCGCGGAGCAGCUGCCGGCCACUCAGGGCAACGGGCUCUACCGCCUGCGCCUGGAGUUCGCGGGCCGGCUGGACGGCUCGCUCGUGGGCUUCUACCGCACCACCUACGUCGAGGACGGUCAAGUCAAGAGCAUCGCAGCCACUGAUCAUGAACCAACCGAUGCCAGGAAAUCCUUCCCUUGCUUUGAUGAGCCCAACAAAAAGGCAACUUACACAAUAUCUAUCGUCCACCCCAAGGAAUAUCAUGCACUUUCAAACAUGCCCGUGGAGCACAGUGAAACACUGGAUGACAGGUGGGUCCGAACCACUUUCCAGAAGUCUGUCCCCAUGAGCACGUACCUGGUGUGCUUCGCCGUGCAUCAGUUCACCACCGUGCAGAGGACCUCCAAGUAUGGAAAGCCGCUCACUAUUUAUGUCCAGCCACAGCAAAAGCACACAGCUGAAUAUGCUGCAAACAUAACCAAACUUGUGUUUGAUUACUUUGAAGAAUACUUUGCUAUGAAUUAUUCUCUUCCUAAGUUAGAUCAAAUCGCUAUUCCAGAUUUUGGCACCGGUGCCAUGGAGAACUGGGGACUCAUCACCUACAGGGAAACAAACCUGCUCUACGACCCCAAGGAAUCGGCCUCAUCCAACCAGCAGCGAGUGGCCACAGUGGUUGCCCAUGAACUUGUGCACCAGUGGUUUGGAAAUAUUGUGACCAUGGACUGGUGGGAUGACUUGUGGCUAAAUGAAGGAUUCGCUUCUUUCUUUGAGUUCCUGGGAGUGAACCACGCAGAAAAAGACUGGCAAAUGCUUGAUCAGGUGUUACUUGAAGAUGUAUUACCUGUGCAGGAAGAUGACUCUUUAAUGUCUUCCCAUCCAAUUGUUGUUUCUGUGGAAACCCCUGCUGAAAUCACGUCUGUGUUUGAUGGAAUCUCCUACAGCAAGGGAGCUUCCAUUCUGAGAAUGCUGCAAGACUGGAUGACGCCUGAGAAGUUUCAAGAAGGAUGUCGGCUUUACCUGAAAAACUUCCAAUUCAAGAAUGCAAAAACUUCAGAUUUUUGGAAAUCAUUGGAAGAGGCCAGUAACCUGCCCAUAACGGAAGUGAUGGACACCUGGACCUCCCAGAUGGGCUACCCCGUGCUGAUCGUCGAUAACCAAAGGGUCCUCACCCAGAAGCGCUUCCUGCUGGACUCCAGGGCAGACCCAUCCCAGCCGCCCUCGGCUCUUGGUUACACAUGGAAUAUUCCAGUUAAAUGGACCGAAAAUAAUGUAUCAAGUACUGUAGUCUACAAUAGGUCAGAGAAAGAAGGAAUCAUUUUGACAUCUUCUGAAUCUACGACAAGUCACUUUGUCAAAAUAAACCCAGAUCACAUUGGAUUUUAUCGUGUACGUUAUGAAGAAUCAACUUGGAAACAGAUAGCUUCUGAGCUUGUGUCAAACCCAGAGAACUUUGCUUCUGCUGACCGUGCAAGUUUUAUUGAUGAUGCUUUUGCCCUGGCAAGAGCUCAGCUUCUAAAUUAUACAGAGGCUCUGGAAUUGACCAAGUAUCUCAACAAGGAAGAGAAUUAUCUGCCGUGGCAGAGAGCCAUCACAGCCUUGACCUACGUCGUUAGCAUGUUUGAAGAUGACGAGGAAGUGUACCCGCUGAUGCAGGCCUACUUCCAAAAUCAAGUGAAGCCCCUUGCAAAUUCCCUUGGAUGGACAGAUACUGGUGACCACCUCACAAAGUUGCUCCGUGCCUCUGUGCUAGGCUUUGCCUGCAAGAUGGGUGAUAAGGAAGCCUUGAACAGUGCUUCUCAGUUAUUUCAGCAGUGGCUAGCUGGGGCUGACAGUAUUCCUGUAAAUCUCAGGCUUCUGGCUUACCGGUAUGGCAUGCAGAACUCUGGCAAUGAGACUUCAUGGGACUAUACUCUAAAAAAAUACCAGAGCACUUCAUUAGCUCAAGAAAAAGACAAACUGCUUUACGGGUUAGCAUCGGUGCAGAGCGUUUCUCUUCUGGCAAGGUAUCUGGACUUGCUCAAGGACCCAAACGUGAUUAAAGCGCAGGACGUGUUUACAGUCAUCCGAUACAUCUCCUAUAACACUUACGGGAAGCGCAUGGCCUGGAACUGGAUCCAGCUCAACUGGGACUAUCUGGUGGACAGAUUUACGAUCAAUGACAGGUACCUGGGUCGCAUCGUCACGAUAGCAGAGCCGUUCAACACAGAAUUGCAGCUCUGGGAGAUGCAGAGCUUUUUUGCAAAAUACCCAGAUGCUGGAGCAGGACAGACACCUAGGGAACAAGUUCUUGAAACAGUGAAGAACAAUAUUGAAUGGCUAAAGCAAAACAGAAACCCUAUAAAAGAAUGGUUUCUUGCUAUAACGAAGGAUGGUUAAUGUGUUCAAAUGUCAUGCUGUAAUUUUGCAAAUCUGUAGUUUCUCCUGUUAAGCAAAACAUUGAGUACCUAAUUUACAGCACUGCAGGGGGAGCCUGCUUUUGCUGAGUGCUAUGUUGAUGUCUGGCAAAGCUUUUAAAUUGUUCUUCUUUGUUUAUGAAGGAAGAUGCUAAUAGAGUAUUUAAUAUACUCAGGGAUUUCUUCUAAGUGUACUUCAUAGGAGAUUCUUUACAAACUGAAGAGAAUUUAAUAGUCAUUUUAAUGUCUUUAAAUAUCAUUCUUUGUAUCUUAAAUCUGUGAAAAUAGAACAAUUUGGUCUUAGCUUUACAUUUUUAGUACCAAAGAAACACCACUUAAUCUGCUCUCUUGAUUGAUUUUUAAAGUUUAAAUACCAGUACUUGAGGGACACAUUACCAUCUUAAUCUUUAUUUUAUUAUUCUGAAUUACACAGACCUAAUAUCAUUUUAUUCACAUAUGUCUUACUACUUUAAAUCCUACCAAAGUAACCUGAGCUUAAAUUUUGCUGGAGAACUGCAUGAAUUAACCAAAGAAAUGGCUGACUGUUGGCUUUUCUCUUACAAAAUCAACAAGAGAACUCUUCAUUCUUUUUUAAAAUAAAUCUAAAUUAUUACCUUGAAAAA